AACCUGUAAGGGCAUGACGGGUAUUUUCCAACAUGGCUGCCGAAGAUGGACAUUGAUCGCUGAGAUCGGCCUAUUUCUUAUUGUGACUGGUUAUCUCUGAGCCCUUCCAGCUUAAAUAAUGGCAAGUAUGACGAAAGAGGUGUAUAGGAAGGGCAUGAAGAGUGUGAAGAUCGCUCAGGGAGCCGUGGUCGCCCUGGCUGUAGUUUACGGGCUCAAGAAGCUGUACCCGCGGAUCUACUCCCAGCUCGGAACCCCCCAGCAAAAUGCCGGCUCCAAGGAGAAAAGAUCGACAGAAGAAGACAAAGAAGCCGGGUCGCCAAACGGACCCGUGGGGACUGGUCAUAAUAGGAAAGGGGCGGCGACCAUCAAUAAGGACUUCUUCAAGCAGCUUCUAAGGCUGUUAAAAAUCAUCUUUCCCAGUGUCUUCACGAAGGAGGCGGGGCUCCUGACGUUACACUCCUUUUCGCUGGUCUGCCGAACAUUUCUGUCCAUCUACGUUGCUAAACUGGACGGCAGAAUAGUUCGCAGUAUCGUCCGGCGCGACAUGAGGGUGUUUGCCGCCCUCCUGGCCCAGUGGCUUGCCAUCGCCGUCCCCGCCACAUUCAUCAACAGUGUGCUUCGCUUCUUAGAGAACAAGCUGGCUCUUGCCUUCCGCACCCGGCUGGUCAACCACGCGUACAAGCUGUACUUCGACCGACAGACGUACUACCGUGUCACCAACCUGGACGGACGGCUCAGUAACCCUGACCAGUGUCUGACGGAGGACCUCACGGUGUUUUCCCAGUCCGUGGCCCACCUGUACUCCCAGCUCACCAAACCAAUGCUGGAUAUCGUUCUCAUCUCCGCUGCGCUGGCCAACAUGGCUGCCGAUAAGGGCGCGAGUGCCAGGAUACCCAGCAUGAUCUCUGGGACCACCAUAUUCUUCACAGGACAGAUCCUGCGUGCGGUGUCACCCAGGUUUGGGAAGCUGGUAGCAGAGGAGGCUCACAGAAAAGGCUACCUCAGAUACAUCCACUCACGCAUCAUCACUGACUCAGAGGAGAUCGCCUUCUAUGGGGGACACCAGGUUGAGUUGACACUGCUCCAGAAGAGUUACCGAGCACUGGCAGACCAGAUGAACCUGAUCUUCAGGAAGCGCCUGUGGUACAUCAUGCUGGAGCAGUUUCUCAUGAAGUACGUCUGGAGCGCCGCCGGGCUGCUCAUGGUCGCUGUUCCCGCCAUGACGGCGUCCGCGUACCAGAACGAAGAAAGCUUAAGUGACUCAGCGAGGAACGAGGCCAUCAGUGAGCGUACGCAGGAUUUCACCACGUCACGUAAGCUGCUGUUUGACUCAGCUGAUGCUGUGGAGAGGAUAUUCUCAUCUUAUAAGGAGAUCACGGAACUUGCUGGCUACACAACACGAGUGUCGGAGAUGUUUGAUGUGUUUGAGGACAUGCGGGAGGGGCGGUACCAGAGAACAACGGUGGCAGCGACGGAGGGGGAGGGCAAGAGACAGCUGGCUGUGAAGGGACUACAGCGAAUUGAAGGGCCCCUCAGGAUAGAGGGUGUGGUGAUAGAGACAAGAGACAGCAUCAUCCUGAAGGACCUUCCCAUCAUCACCCCCACAGGUGACGUGGUUGUGGCCUGCCUUAACCUUACGAUGGAGCCAGGUAUGCAUGUCCUGAUCACUGGUCCCAACGGCUGUGGGAAGAGUUCACUGUUCCGAAUCCUUGGCGGGCUGUGGCCUGUGUACAAGGGCAAGGUGUACAAGCCAAAACCCGACAAGAUGUUCUACAUCCCACAAAGACCGUACAUGUCAAUCGGAACCCUGCGAGACCAGGUGAUCUACCCUGACACGAUGGAGAACAUGCGGACCAGGGGGGUGACAGACGAGGACCUGAUGGGGAUCCUGGGGAUUGUACACCUGCAGCACAUCGUGCAGAGGGAAGGGGGUUGGGGUGCUGUGAGUGACUGGAAGGAUGUGUUAUCUGGGGGAGAGAAGCAGAGGAUGGGGAUGGCCAGGAUAUUCUACCACAGGCCAAAGUUUGCCCUGCUGGAUGAGUGCACCAGUGCCGUCAGCAUCGAUGUUGAGGGCAAGAUCUUCCAGGGGGCAAAGGAUGCUGGGAUAGCUCUGCUCACCAUCACCCACAGGCCCUCACUCUGGAAGUACCACACCCACCUGCUGCAGUUUGAUGGGGAGGGGGGCUGGCGGUUUGAGGAGCUGGACACAUCCACCCGCCUGUCCCUCAACGAGGAGAAACAGAAGCUGGAGUCUCAGCUCGCCGGCGUGCCCACCAUGCAACAACGCCUCAACGAGCUGUGUGAAAUCUUAGGCGAGGAUUCUGUUCUUAAGGACUAGGUAUAAGUCUUAAAGAAACCACACUCUAGAUCUAAAGGUACCAGUUUGUCUUAAACCCCUAAAAAUUUAGCUGAAACGUGGUUCCAGGAUUUGAGGAUCAAGUCAUGAUAGGCUUUGGGUUAUUUCAACUUGAAAAGAAAUAGAGAACCCUGACCAAAAGCUUGUUGGUAAGUACUUUGUGUAUGGAAUUAGCAUGUAAAACUUUACAUGUAUAAGGGUCUAGGAUGUUGUUGUUGGGGAAUGUGGGAUCUUAGUCCUUUCAAUAGAGUUCUAGGUGAAAUAUAUUGGACCACUUUAAUUCUCACUCACUAAAUUUUAAAACUAAUUGAGUGCCACCUGAUGUUGGUAUAUAAUAGAAGCUGCAUUAAAAAGAGACUGGGAAGGUUUGGGCUUAUGUACAGUGGGACAUGCCCAUACUUUGGCCCAGUGUUACAAGUUCUCUAACAUGUUCAAUAUGUGGCUGACCAAAGAAUGACAAUCAGAACUUGAAGUUUUGGAAAAAAAGUCACUUUUUAGUAUAUAAUGGCAAAUAGCCGGGUAAGAAUGAUUGAAUUCCAAUGAAACUGAAGGUACAUGUAUAUCUUUCCAGAGAAAGUGAAUUUUUGUGGAAAAAUAGUAAGGUUAGUUAAAUGCAAGGGUAAACAAGGAUUUGACAGUUAUGAUGAUGUAAAAAUGGUUUAAAAACAGUUACUACAGUAUCCUGUAAUGUGAUUAUAGCAAUUAUUCUUACUGUAGGCAGUGGGCAGUACACAACUUAUCCUUCUCAAUGCUGUUUAACCGCAUAUCCAAUGUAAAAUUAGUUAUUUCAGUGUGGUAAAGACUUUGAAGUCCACUGCAA